UUGUCCCUUUGCUUACGGAUGUGAGUGGCUGUCGUCCGCCCUCCCUCCCUCCACCGCCUCUCCCUGAGAGCUGCAAUGGCGGCUCCGGGCUGUGAAGAGGUGCGGGCGGCCGGACCGGGGCUCGGUGGCGUUCCGCCUCACCCCUGCGUUCCGCAUCACCCCGGCGUGGCGGGGCGGCGGGGCCGGACGCUGUUGGUGCGGCACCUGCCCGCCGAGCUGACAGCGGCGGAGAAGGAGGAUCUGCUGAAGCACUUCGGGGCCGUGUCUGUGCGCGUCCUGUCGGACCACGGGCGGCUGAAACAUACUGCAUUUGCUACAUUUCCCAGUGAAAAUGCAGCUGUGAAGGCUUUGUCAAGACUGCAUCAGCUGAAACUUUUAGGUCACACCUUAGUUGUUGAAUUUGCGAAGGAGCAAGAUAGCAUGCAGGUACUUAGCCAGCCUUCUGUCUCAGAGAAUUGUAAAAGUUCAGAAGAACCAGUGAAAGAGGAAGAGAAGAAAGAACCAAACUGUGUUAAAAUAGAGAAUGGAAUUGCACCCAACCAUGGCCUCACCUUUCCCAUCAAUUCUUGCCUCAAAUACUUGUAUCCACCACCUUCAAGUACAGUUCUGACAAACAUAGCAAAUGCCUUGGCAAGUGUGCCCAAAUUUUAUGUCCAGGUUCUUCAUCUUAUGAAUAAAAUGAAUCUUCCUCCACCUUUUGGACCAAUAACUGCUCACCCUCCCAUGUAUGAAGAGUAUUUACCAGUGCCUCUGCCACCUCCUCCAAUCCCACCUUUGCCUCCUGAAGAGCCUCCUUUGCCUAAAGAGGAAGAAGAGCAUCCAUCUAGUGGAGAUGAAUCAGAAUAUGAAAGUGACGAUGAGGAGGAAAAGGAGAGAAUGACCAAGUUGAUGGAGUUAGCAACUCUUCAGCCUAAAAGACCAAUAAGCACGAAGAGACGUGGUGUUAGAAAAAAGCAAAGAAUUAAAGACUUGUUCAAUGCUCCCGUUUGUACUCCCCACAGUAAUUUGCACCCUGCAUUGUCUCCUUCAGAUGUCUUUGAGCAGCCACAGCAUGUAGGUCAUAAAAAAAUUGAGUUCCAUAUUAGUACUGACAUCCCAGCUGUUCUUCAGAUAAACUCAGAAAAAGAAGAAAAAAACGACCUUUAUGCAACCACAGACGGAGUCAAUAACACAGGCUUUGGAAGAAUCUUCCCCACUCCUAGCACAAACGAUAAAAUGGAAACUGAAGAGAAAGAAGAUGAAAUACCAUCAGAAUUUAUUUCUAGAAGGGAUCUAGAAAAAAACAGACUUUCUAGAGAAGAAAUGGAAAAAUUUUCUGUUUUCAAAAAUUAUGAGCCAGGUGAUCCAAAUUGCAGGAUAUAUGUAAAGAAUUUAGCGAAACAAGUUCAAGAAAAGGAUCUCAAGUUCAUUUUUGGAAGAUAUGUUGACUUUGAGUCAGAAGUGGAACGAAAUAUGUUUGAUAUACGUUUGAUGAAAGAAGGCCGUAUGAAGGGACAGGCUUUCAUUGGACUUCCUAAUGAAAAAGCAGCUGCUAAAGCUUUAAAAGAAGCAAAUGGUUAUGUCUUAUUUGAAAAACCCAUGGUGGUUCAAUUUGCCCGUUCAGCUAGACCAAAACAGGAUGCCAAUGAAGGGAAAAGAAAAAAGUAGAACACAGCCAAGAAACAUUCCUGCGUAAAUACUGCAGUAAUACUGUCAUGCAGAGUGUAUCCUUUCUUGUUGUAUCCUUUUUUUGUGCGAUGUUUCCUGUAGCACUGAACUGCAUCUAAGUCUUUGUAUAGAGUAGAUGUGGGGAGGAGUUUAUAUGAUUUAGAGCUUGAACUAAUCUUGUAAUUUUAAAAGCAAAGGAUGCUUUCUCAGGGAAAAAAAAACCAACAAGUUGUCUGUGUUGUGUGAAUGGACCAAAUGAAGGUUCCUUUUCUUAAGGUGGAGGAAGGUGGUCUCCACCUUCUUCCUCAAAAGUCAUAAAUAACCUGCUAAGCUGUAGUCCAGUUCCUUAGCUUGUGUGAGCUGGAAGUGUUCCACUGAUGUGUUUUGGAGCUGUGCUGAGCUCACAGUGAAGAUUUCAACAAGCUUGGUUAAAAUAUGUUGUAGAGCAAUUCUUAAUAUUUAAGGGGCUGGCAGGUAUUUUAGAUAUUUUCAUUAUUACUUUUGUCCUGGUGUAUGAGAAAUAAUCUGUAGUUAACUUAGUUUGCACAUUGCUUACUUCUAUUCUUUUAAGUGGAGAAGAAAAAUCUAACUAUCUUACAGUGAAUUAUUUUGGAAGUAUUUUUGUCUAUAGUGUCUUGUUUGGGUUUUUUGUUUUGUUUGUUUGUUUUUUACAUUGUUCUCAGCACUGGGGUAGUAUCAUUGCCAGUGAUUUAUAUUUUUGUUGUGGAUUGCAUGUUCCAUUAUUGUUUAAAUUGCUGCUAAUAAAUACAGGCUGUAUUAAUUUUAUAAGUCAGAUUUUUUCCAGACAUACAUUCUAAAAACCAAGCGUCUUUCAUUUUAUUUCUCAAAAGAAAGCAUAACACUACUAUUUUUUUAUUCUUCUUACUUUUAACAUGCCUUUGUGAUGUUCCAGGUCCCUUUUGUGUUCCAUCUCUUUCAAGUAUUUUCAAGCUGGGGGAAGAAGCAGCAUACAUCAAGACUCUUGAACUGUAUGUGGUAUCAUUUUUAAAGUAUUUAAGGCAGAGUAUAAAUUUUCUCUUUAAACUGUCACAAGACUUCUUUGAUAGACUUAUCUUAGCAUGCUUGUGAAAUCUCUAAUAAAUUAUCUCCUUUCUCUGCA